GACGCCGGGCGCCCGGCGCUGCCAGCAUGUUUGACAGGACGCGGCUGCCCUUCGUGGCGCUGGACGUGAUCUGCGUGGUGCUGGCUGGCUUACCCCUUGGUGUUCUAAACUUGGCCAAAAUAAAACCGUAUCAGAGAGGCUUUUUCUGUAAUGAUGACAGCAUCAAGUAUCCGUUCCAUGACAGUACCAUCACAUCCACUGUCCUCUACACAGUGGGGUUCACCCUGCCCAUUUUCUCUAUAAUCCUAGGAGAGACUCUCUCUGUCUUUUAUAAUCAUUUGCACUCAAAUUCAUUUGUCAGAAAUAACUACAUAGCCACUAUUUACAAAGCCAUUGGGACCUUCAUUUUUGGAGCAGCUGCUAGCCAGUCGUUGACAGACAUUGCCAAGUACUCCAUAGGUAGACUGCGUCCUCACUUCCUCGCUGUGUGCCAGCCCGACUGGACCCGAAUCAACUGCAGUCUAGGUUACAUUGAGAACUUCUCUUGUCAAGGAGACAAAGCAAAAAUCAGUGAGGGAAGACUAUCAUUUUACUCUGGCCAUUCUUCAUUCUCCAUGUACUGCAUGCUCUUCCUAGCACUUUACCUUCAGGCCAGAAUGAAAGGAGACUGGGCAAGACUUGUACGUCCUACUCUACAGUUUGGUCUUAUUGCUGCAUCUAUCUAUGUGGGUCUCUCGCGUGUUUCUGAUUACAAGCAUCACUGGAGUGAUGUUUUAACAGGACUCAUUCAGGGAGCAGUGGUAGCUGUGCUCAUUGUUGUGUAUGUGUCUGACUUCUUCAAAGUGAGAGGAUGUACAUUUCAACCGAAAGAAGAUUCCCAUACAACCCUGCACGAGACUCCAACAAACGGAAAUCACUUUGGCAGCAAUCAUCAACCAUGAAGAAUGACCCAACUCACCUGUCUUGCUCUCUGAAAGGAAAACAAUUUCACAAGUCUAACUAUGUAAUAUAAGUAAAUGCCUUUAAGGGACUGCUGCUGCUCUUGAAUGCUCACUUUACCUGUAUAUAGUAACAUCUACCACAGUUAUUGUAUAUCUAAACUUUAAAUUUCUGUUGGUUCAAGCUCUUGCGUAAAAGAAAAAAGCUAUUCAAAUUGUAAAUUUUUAUUGGAAACACGGUAACAGUUAUAUUACAUACACUGCUGUUUGUACAUGCCUUGUUGAAACAACUGUGGUUUAAAUACACACUAUUAAAAGAAAUAAUGACUUAAGAUGGAAGUAGCAUGUGAAGCUGAUGAACUUGUUCCGUAACGUGAAUCCUGUGCUGUUUUUAGAAGAUAUCUUCUGUUACAGGUAAAGGCUGGCAGCAAACACAAUAUCCCUCUUGAUUUUUGUAAUCCCUAUUAAAAAGGAAAACUGUAUUAA